AUGAAGACAAGAAGUGCUGGGGAGGCGACUACGCCGCGCCGCCUCGAUGAUCUGAUCGUCUUCGGGCGCUAUGUGGCGUUGUUCUGCUUCGUCAGCGAGUUCUGCCUCCUUGGCCAAUGCUCCACAAUGUUCUACUUUGUGUUUGCUGGAGCCUCCCCGCCCGUCGAAACAUUAUACUGUAACGGUGACCCGAGGACGAUAGCCCUGACGAAUGAGGACAAAUGCCAACGGUUCAUGGCCGGAAAUUGCUCCCGCCCGGAAAUCAGCUACCAGUUCAAGUCUAUCGAUGUUGAGUUCGAGCUGUACUGUGGGCUCUCGAAAGUUGUGAAAAAUGUGAUCUCCUUCCAAAUGCUAGGCGUCUUGUUCGGUGCCGUCGUCUUUGGCCAGUUGAGCGACUCGUUUGGCAGAAAGCGGGCGCUGAUGGCCAGCCUGAUGGGAUGCGGAAUUAGCCAAAUCAUUUCCGCCUUCUCGCCGUCGCUUUUCUGGUUCAUCGUCACCCGGAUCAUCUGCGGCUUCUUCCUAGGCGGUUCGAUAGCCGUAUUCAACGUCUUCUGGGUGGAGAACUUGCCGAAGAAGUCGCGGCUCUGGAUCAGUAUGCUGAUCACCUGGUCCCCAAAUAUGGCCCCGCUGGCCUUCAUCGCCUACCUGACGCACACAUGGAGCAGUUUCGCGGUGGCGCUAGGCGCAAUUCUGCUAUUUGCCGCUAUAUUAAUGUUCUUUUUCAUCCACGAAUCACCGCGGUGGUUAAUUCAAAAGGGGCGGAUUGCUGAGGCGAGGAUCGUAAUGCAGAAGGUUUUUAAGCUCGAUCACCGGGAUGAGGCGGAGUGCAACGAGUUGGAGGAGGUGCUGCUAUAUGAGCAUGAGCUAAUUGAGAGGCAACGAGCCAAGAGUAAACACUACUACUACUAUCACCUUUUCUCAACCCCGUGGCUCACCACCAUCACCCUCAUUCUCUCCUUUACCUUCUUCUCCAUCUCCAUAAUCAAUUACGGGAUCAUGUUCAACUUUGAGAAGAUGAGCGGGUCAAUCUACAUGAAUAUGGUGUACACCGGGUUAAUAAGAUGGGCAACGAAUGUGGCAUUUGCCUGGCUCGACUACAGGCACAAGUGGUGCGGCCGCAAAUUUGUGCACUGGUUCGGGCUGUUGUUCAUCGUUUUGCCUCUACUCCUCGUCAUUGGGGCCCAUUACUACGAAAUGUCGGAGCAGCUGAGCUUUUGGAUUCGAAUCUCGAUCCUCAUUGCCGUGUCGAUGACGUCCCAGAUUUACAUUGCCGCCACGAUCCUGUCGAACGAAAUAUUCCCCACGCCAAUCCGAAACCUCGGCUACUCGUUCCAAUCGUUCUUCAACCGUUGCGGCGUUACGCUUUCGCCAUUUGUUUUUUAUUUGAGCGACUACUGGAUCGGUUUGCCAUUCGUGGUGAUGUGCAUCACGGCCCUGAUCGACAUCCUCACCUGGCACUUUGUUCUGCCGGAAACCAAGAACCAAGCCAUGGUGGAGCACAUGCCGAGUCGGAAGCGGAGGAAUCAAGAAAAGGAUCUGACCCUCAUCAAAACA